AUGGACAAAUUAAAGUAUAACGUCUCCGGAAUGGGGACAACUUUUCUUACAAUAAAAAAUGUGUUGUUCAUAAUUAUGAUUGCAUUAUUUAUUAUAGUUGUUUAUAAAUAUGUGAAAUAUAAGAGUAAAAUUUCCGAAGCUAAACGAAAUAAUGAAAUAUAUGAAAAAAUGAAAAUAUCACGAGAAAAGCAAUUACAAAAACUGGAAGAAGAAAUGAUAAUUAAUAAAAAGAAAAUGAAUGAAAAUCUUAAAAACACAGAUAAGGAAAACAAUAAUAAAACAUUAGACUCAUCUACACCAAAAUCGAAUUCUAAGGAUAAAUCAACAUUUAGUCAUUUUAAAGAUUAUUCGAAUUAUUAUAAGCCGUCUAUAAGAGAUAGAUACAAAGGUAGAGCAUCCUGACGAUAA